GCAACUCACCUCACAUCUAUCGUCUGAUUCCAGUUUCGAUUUGUGUUAAGAGUUGUGGUGUGUAUUUGUGUUGGACGGUUUGUGUUCCUUGAUCGCUUGAUUUGAGAGGUGAUGUCGACGAUGGGGAGCCUUACUCUCACCGGAGCCGUGAAGAGGGCCGCCUCCGAUUUCCCCUCCCGCCGCGCCAUAUCCGUCCCCGGCCGCCUCGAGCUCUCCCACGCCCGCCUUCAACAGAUCGUCGAUGGCGCCGCCGCUCGACUCGUCGCCGCUGGCCUACGCCCUGGCGAAGUCGUCGCCCUUGCUUUCCCUAACACUGUCGAGCUUUUGAUCUCCUUUUUGGCUGUGAUCCGCGCUCGUUGCGUGGCGGCUCCUCUCAAUCCUGCGUACACCCGCGAGGAGUUUGUGUUUUACAUCUCUGAUUCGGAGUCGAAACUCCUGUUGACCAACGACGCAGGCAACGCGGCGGCGGAGGCUGCGGCGGCGGAGAUCGGGAUUCCUCGUGCUCGGGCCUCGCUCCCUGACCCUUCUGGUCAGCUGCAGAUAUCUCUUCCCGUCGGACCGACGGAGGGAGAUUUUGCUGCUUCUGCUCUCGCAGGAUGCGUCAACGACCCCUCCGACGUUGCUUUGUUCCUUCAUACUUCGGGCACCACGAGCCGACCUAAGGGUGUGCCACUAACCCAGCUCAACCUGGCUGCUUCGGUCAAGAACAUCCGGUCUGUCUACCGGCUCACAGAGACCGAUUCCACCGUGAUCGUCCUUCCCCUGUUCCACGUCCACGGCCUGGUAGCCGCCCUGCUCUCGUCCCUCUCCGCCGGUGCUUCCGUGACCCUUCCCGCCGCUGGCCGCUUCUCGGCCUCCACCUUCUGGGCUGAUAUGCGGGCCUCCGGAGCCACCUGGUACACCGCAGUCCCAACCAUCCACCAGAUCCUUCUCGACCGCCACGCCUUCCGGCCCGAGCCGGCUUACCCCCAGCUCCGCUUCAUCCGGAGUUGCAGCGCAUCGCUUGCCCCCGCCAUCCUUGAGCACUUGGAGACAGCCUUCGGCGCACCGGUGCUAGAAGCCUACGCGAUGACAGAAGCCUCUCACCAGAUGGCCUCCAACCCGUUGCCGGAGGACGCACCCAGGAAGCCCGGCGCUGUGGGGCGACCGACGGGGCUGGAGAUGGCGAUCCUGGACGAGGAGGGCGCUUGCCGCCCGCCUAACGUGCCCGGCGAGGUUUGCAUCCGGGGGCUCAACGUCACCAAGGGCUACAAGAACAACCCCGAGGCCAACAAGGCGGCCUUCGCUUUCGGUUGGUUCCACACCGGCGACGUCGGCUUCCUCGAUGAGGAGGGCUACCUCCACCUCGUCGGCCGCAUCAAGGAGCUCAUCAACCGCGGAGGCGAGAAAAUAUCCCCAAUCGAGGUCGACUCGGUACUGCUCGACCACCCGGACAUCGCGGACGCGGUGGCGUUCGGCGUGCCGGACGACAAGUACGGCGAGGAGAUAAACUGCGCGGUGAUUCCGAGGGAAGGGGCGGAAAUCGACGAGGACGAGGUGGUAAGACAUUGCCGGAAGAACCUGGCGGCGUUCAAGGUGCCGAAGAAGGUGUUCAUCACGGAUUCUCUGCCGAAGACGGCGACAGGGAAGAUCCAACGGCGGGUAGUGGCCGAGUUCUUCGUAUCUCCCGCCAAGGCUCCAAGGGCCGGCGCCUAAUUAAGCGCACCGGGACGCACUUAAAAGUUAAGAAAACGCUACACAUUACGUCAUUGAAAAAAAAAUAGAGAAAAAAGGGCGGCUAUUUUUGUCCUUUAUUUAUAAUAGUAUUUAGCAGCGUAAUAAAUAAGAAAAAUAUUUUUAUUUUUAUGUAAAGCGAGGCUGAAUGGAAGGGAGUCUCGUGUUAGCCUUAAUUAUUAAUUAAUUUUGAAGUUUGCCUGUU